AUGGAGCUCUCGCCUUAUGGGCACAAAGCCGACGAGGAACAAGCCCGUCGACUCAAGCGAAGUAAUCUCAAGGAACUUAACGUCAAGCAGGCAGGCGAACAGCCGUCGAAGGCGCUCGAUUCGUCGCUGAAACGACACACCGCUCUAAUCAAGCGGAUUCGCCAGUCUUUGGGGACGGACAACCGUGACCAGGUCAUCAAGGAUAUCGACACGCUCUCUCUCGAGAAGUACGUCGAUGAAAUUGCUGGCGCGAUUGUGGAAGGCAUCGUGCGGUGCAAGACAGAGAAGGACGUGUGGAGUGCCGUAGAGAUCAUAUCGCUUCUGCAUCGACGGUUCCCAAAGGCCUUCACGCCGGUGCUACUGCCGCUGCUCUCCGCCGCGCUCGCGGUGCCACCGCGCGCAGCGUUGUCUGCAAUGACCCCGGAGCAGCGGGAGAAGGAAGAUGGCGCGCGUGUGGCUCGCCAGCGUCCCGUCCUACGCGUCUGUGCAGAGCUGGCGCUCGUUGGGAUCAUCAAGGACUCCCCAGAGCGCAGCGGCGGCGAAUGGAUCAUGAAGGCUAUCCGAGAUUUGCUGUCGAAUGACCCGUCGCUGUCUUCGCUUCCCUUGCUGUCGACGUUCCUUAAGUCGUUCUCUCGCCCGUACCUCGGGAUCCUAGCUCCGGCGACCGCGAAGCAGAUCUCAUCUUCGGCGGAGCCGGGUACGUUGUCCUCGGCGACCACUAAUGAGGCGAACGAGGCUGCGAACGACGCGUUCCCUCCGCUGGUGAAGGAGGAGGACGAGCUGGUGGAGAAGGAUAUCAGGGAUCGGUUUAGGAAGAUGUGUGAAGGCUACUUUGAGAACGUCGCGAAGAAGCUGGUGAUCGAGCACAAUCGGUUACAAGAGCAGGAUAGGCGCAAUCAUGAGGCUUACAUCCGCUCUGGGGAGAUAUUCGAAGACAGGCAGCAGGCGUAUGAGAAGAUGACGAAGGGAUAUGAGAAGCUGCUUGCAAGUUGCCAAAGUCUAUCGGAGCUGCUGUACAUGCCAAUGCCCACGCUGAAGACGUCCUCUCAGAAGUCCGAGUCGAUCCUGAUCGGGACGAGCGCGGGCAGCAGCGUACUCGGCGGGGAUGCAGAUGAGAUGACGGGCGGGAAAUGGGAGGACGAGGAGGAGCGCCGGUUCUUCGAAGAUACCCCGGACCUCAAGGACUACGUCCCACGCAGCGUGCUCGGAAUGGGUGAGGACGAGGACCGGGCGGAGGAGGGUAAAGAAGAGCGGGAGACGCGGGAGAAGGAGCGCGUGCUGGAGGAGAUGCGCAGGCUUGAUGAGGAGCUCGCGGGGUUAGACGGUAACGCGGGCUCUCCUGUCAACGGCUACGCGAAGCCUGCGGGCGAGGGUGCGGAUGAAGGGGGUGGCUUAAAGGACGGGCAAGAGGUGUCAGGUAAGGACGAAGAUGACGAUGACAAUGCACCUACGCCUACUCCCGGAUCGCCGAAAACGUCUCCCUCUACCACGCCCCAGCUCGCACCCCAAGGCCCAUCGCAGCUCCUCACAGCUCUCCUCACGCGACUCCCAGACGCGACCAAUCGCACGCUCAUCGACCAGGCUGCUGUCGACUUCGCCUUUCUAAAUUCCAAGGCCUCUCGCAAACGGCUGGUAAAGUUCAUGAGCCAGACUCCGAAGAGCCGAACAGACCUUCUGCCUCACUAUUCGAGAUUGAUCGCCAUUCUGAACAGAUAUAUGCCGGAUAUUGGUACCGAGCUCGUUGCCAUUCUUGAUGAGGAAUUCCGGUACUUGCAGCGCAAGAAGAAGGUCGUCAACGAGUUGGCGGAAGUGAGGCUGAAGAACAUCACGUUUUUGUCCAACUUGACUAAAUUUCGAGUCAUACCACCACAUCUAAUCUUGCACAUGUUCAAAGUAUGCCUGGACGACUUUUCUGGCACGAACGUAGACAAUGUUGCGUUAUUACUGGAGGGCUGUGGCCGAUUCUUGUUGAGGAGUGACGAGACUAAGGAGCCGUUCAGUAGAAUGGUGGAGUUGAUGAGACGCAAGCAGAGCUUGCAGCAUUUCGAUCAGAGGCAACUCUUGUUGCUGGAGAAUGCAUAUUAUCAGUGCAAUCCUCCUGAGCGUACGGCCAGGCAAGCGAAAGAGCGCACGCCCAUGGAACAUUUCAUCCGCCACCUCAUUUACGACGUCCUCGCCAAGAAGACAAUCGACAAAGUGCUGAAACUCCUCCGCAAGCUCGACUGGAACGACGAUACGGUGCUGCACACGUUGCACAAGUUGUUCACGAAGCCGUGGAAGGUUAAGUACGGGAACAUCCCACUGCUCGCGAUGCUCACAUAUGAUUUGCAACGGUACCACCCGUCCUUCACGAUCGCCGUCGUAGAUCAGGUCCUCGAGGACAUUCGCAGAGGUUUGGAACAGAACGUGUACAGUAUCAACCAGCAACGGAUUGCGUCAGUCAAGUAUCUGGGAGAGCUGUAUAUCUUCCGGCUGAUCAGCUCCGGUAUCAUUUUUGAUACCCUGUGGACGUUGGUGACGUUCGGCCAUCCCGAGGGACGUCCACUACCGAAUCAACCGUGUCCCAUAGACAUGCCGGAUGAUUUCUUCCGUAUACGUCUCGUAUGCGUUAUCCUUGACACCUGCGGGAUGUGUUUCGACCGCGGCACGCAACUGAAGAAACUCGAUCAAUUCUUGGCUUUCUUCCAGUUCUAUGCCUUAUGCAAGAUUCGACCUCCUAUGGAGAUUGAAUUCAUGCUGACUGAUUCGAUUGAGGCUGUAAGGCCUAAGUUGACCAUGUUCAAGACGUUUGAAGAGGCUGCUGUGGCCGUGGACGAGAUGUUCAACUCAGCUUUCCAGGAUGCCGGAGUCACGACUACCGAAGAUAGUGGUGAAGAGAGCGGUGAUGAGGAGGAGGCCAGGCGCGAUGAAGAUGAAGAUGAGGAAGAGGAGCAAACAGCGCCGCAAUCCCCAGUGGAUGAUCGCGCACCUUCUCCUGAGGCUGUUCUUCUCAAGUCGUCGCAGGAGAACCUAGGUCCAUCUGAGCAGGAUGACGCGGAAUUUGCGAAGGAACUGGCUAAGCUGGUCACGGACACUUCAGCAGAAUCCCGGAAAGUAGACAAGAAGACGGCUCUGGCGCUUUGGGAGUCAACGGUGCCACCGCCGGUUUUGCGCAAGAAACGCCACGACGACAUUGCAGAGGAUGGCAUUACGUCGGCUGCGAACGGAGCUGAACAGCAGAGUGUUAUGAACUUCACCUUGUUCACUAAGCGUGGGAACAAGCAGCAAACUCGGCAGAUCGCCAUCCCUGCGGAAUCCGCCUUGGCUGUACAGACUCGAACUGCUCAGCUGCAAGAUAAGGUAGAACAGCAGCACUUAAAGAGACUUGUUCUGGAUUAUGAACAGCGAGAGGAGGCUGAAGAGCUGAAAGCCCUUGAAGCACGCAACCGCGCAGGAGCGAUCAAGAUACGCUAUGUCGGCUGA